UAUAAUCUGUUCUUGUGUGAUUUUUAACUUUGUACACCCCAGUCCGACACCGGCAUCUCCAAAUCAUUUUCCUGAGUAACAACUGUACUUAAUUUCAUCGGGAACACUCCGAAUUGUCCAAUUUCAAUGGAGACCUUUGGAAGUUUCAAAACACAGAGGGAUCAUCCAGCGGAAAAUUCUAUUUCCCCGGCAAUCCUUGAGGGGAGUGUGCAGGGUCCUCACGUGCAACAAACGACAAUAGCGACUGUCUGGCCGAGGGAAAAUCCGGGUUUUUUACUUCAAUAUGAUUCUUUCUGAGCUCUUGUGCUGCAAGAAACCCCGGGAACUCUUUCAGUUGGCCUAUAUGUAGCACAUCUCUCUUGCAGCUCCACAUCGAAAGAAGGACGUGGACUGAACGUGCAGAGCAGCACCGAAUGCUCAUAGUCUUCUCGUAUUUGCCCAUGCCCUGCUCUUCGGUAGUGCUUUGAGUUCAAGGAGUGUUUCGGUGUGUGGAUCUACUGCGAAUGGGUGCUGUGGCCGAUGAUGGGAGAUGGACUCUGCGGCUGGCCAUGGGCCUGUUGGCGGGGGCCGCGGGACUCUACGGCCUCCAUAAGCUGGUGACAGUAAAACGACGGCAGCAACACCGAGCUGGCGGCGACCGUCAGUCAGAGAAAAACCCAGUCUACCGAGUGACCGGUCUAAAGGUGACGGAUGAUGACCAAGGAAUAGCAGACAUUCAGCAAGGAUUUCUACUUACAAAAUCUCCUGAAGUCUUAGAACAACAACGUUUGCAAGCAGUUCUGGGCCUACUUAAGGGGACCUCUGAUGUUUCCAUUCGAGAACAAGCACUGGUGACUUUAGGUAACAGUGCUGCAUUCAGUGCCAAUCAGGAUCUUCUUCGAAACCUAGAUGGGCUCAGUAUUAUUGCAAAUUGCUUGUUUGAUGAAGUCACAUCAGUCAGAGUUAAGGCACUAAAUGUGAUGAAUAAUCUUUCCAUGAAUGUUGCUAACCAAAAAGAGCUGAAGAUUUGGAUCCCAGGAAUAUUGGAUACUUUAAGGACCACUGUUUUAAACUCUGAGCUGCAAGUAGCAAGCCUUCGAGUGUUGACUAACUUCUCUGUUACCAAUAAUUAUCAUUACAUGAUGACCAAUUACAUUCCUCACUUCCUUAAGCUCCUGGUAGAAGGAACUGAAAAAAUAAAGGUUCAGAUAUUGAAAGUCCUGAUAAACCUGUCCACAAACCCAGACUUAUGUCAUGACCUUCUUAGUGCUCAGGUACCAUUGUCGUUCCUUGUAUUGUUUGACAGCUGUAUAAACAAAGAAGUUCUUCUACGACUGUUGAUAUUGGUGGCAAAUCUGAAAGAAAAUUUGAAUCUGUUGCAGAACUCUGUUCAGUUUGAAUAUGGAGUGGAUUCUCUCCAUGCUGUACUAUUUGGGAAUCCAACACCAUUUUCUCAUAAACUUGCAAAGCUAAUAUUGUACCAAGAUAAUGAAGUAAAACAACAGAUUGCUAGAAUUAUUACCAAAUCAUAUUAGAGGCAUAUUAUUUACCAUGUAAUUUAAUGUUUUAAUGAUUAUAUAAACUAAAUGUGUCAGUUUGAAUGUGGAUAUGUACUGUAAUUUAACGACCCAAGUUUUAUAUAUAAAUAUUAUUUUUGGUACUUCAAAGGGGGAGCCUUUUCCAUUGUGCAGGAAAACUAUUCUUGAAUCAGCACUGGUUUUGUUAUUACUGUUUUUGUAUUUGUAGAAGACUAAUAAGUCCAGAAAUAAUGUUGGACUGAAGGCAUUAAUCCCGAAAAGCAAUGAAACUAGAAAAGUUAAAAAUGCAUUUUGUAUCUUGUGACUGAAAAUCAUGUAAAUAAUUUAAAUUGUAUUGUAACUGAACAAGUUUCCUGAAGUAUUUUUAUGAAUCACUGUAAUUGAUUAGAUAUUAUUAAUGAUGCUGACUUUUUUAAUCUAAUUAUUUAAGUCACAGUACUGUUAUGCCUUUGUUGUGGGAAGAUAAUGAUGGUUGAAAGACAUUUAAGUGAGAAAUGUUCAUGGUUAGCCAUGAUCAAAUGGUGCAGCAGAUUAAUAGGACAAAUGGCCUAAUUCCACUCCCAUAUCUUAUGGUCUUAUUCUAUUGCAUAGUUCCCUGAACUGGAUUAACGUUUUAGCCAGGAUGGCGAGGAGGGUGGAAAUGACAAAUUUGCUCAUACUUCCUUUGUGUCAAACUGAAGAUGAUUUCAGGGUAUUGCUUCCCAUUGAGAACAAUUAUGCACAAAUUGACAGAAGACAAUGUAAAGCUGGUUUCAGUUACUUAAAAUUUAUAUAUUAAGAUAUAAAAACCACAAGAAGUAAAUAAGGAUAGAGAGGCACUUGAAUACAUUCAGAUAAGAGAGAACAUUUUCUAAAACAAAAUUCAAAGUGAAAGUGUUCUUUAUCAAUUUUAGGACUAUACUACCAAAUUCUUGUUUUUGUUUGUUUUGGAUUUAAGAUUAAAUAAUUCAUAGUAUGUAAGAUAAAGGUUUUUCAGACAUGACUUUGGGGCCUUUUGGCUUUGUAGCAACAGUCGAUAUAGAUUGAAACUUCAAUAUCCAAUCUUUGGAUUAUAAAAUUGCAUCUGCUUGUCACUUUUGUGUUCAUCAAACAUUUUUGAGCGUUAGAAGUUAAGUUGGACAACUAAAAUAACAUUGUUUGUGUUUUAAUGUACCCAAAUAAAUUUGUAACAAAUGUA